AUGCUAUCGCUUGUCGAAAUGCGACUAAAAACGGUUGCAUAUAAAAGCGAUAUACACAUUACACAUAGUCUUGAGAUUGAAACCCAAUUCAUCAGUGAGAAAUUGACUCUUUCGGAGAAUAGUGGCCUUGAACACGUAUGUGUAAAAAUUGUGCUCGAUUCGUGUAAUGUUUUUAUAUUUUCGGUGUACAUUCGGUCAUUACACGAGACAGCCAAACUUUUGGAAUUCGCCGAAAUUGUAAAGUUGAUCCCUUUCAAUGAUAAUGACAUUGUAUUAGUGUGCGGUGACUUCAACCAGCCGGAUAUUAAGUGGAUCAAAGCAGAUGACGGUGAGUACUAUUUGCCAACGAAUGUGUCAACGGAUGGUGGUAUAGCCGUAUUUGAAACGAUGUUCGAUAUCGGUUUCCACCAAUUGUCAAAUGUCGAAAAUCAAGCUGGCAAUGUUCUGGACCUUGUGUUCACAAACAAGUUCUAUGAAAUGUCACUGAUUGAAUCAACAAGACCAUUGAUAAAAUCGGACAUUUGGCACAAAGCUAUCAAAAUUGAAAUAACAAUGGAUGAAAUUGAACACACAACAUCGCAAUUAUCACAAAUAUUAGCAUACAACUCGGUUGAUUUCGAUACGAUGAACGAAUUCUUCGCUACAAAAGACACUUUGUCACGAAUGGAUCGAAUAGAUGACCUCGAGAAUGCAUUUCAAAUUUUUGAUAAUGUUCUACACGAGGCGAUCGAUUUAUUUGUGCCUAAGAUCACUGUACAAAAAAGCACCGAUCCGCCUUGGUACACAAAACCAUUGAAACACUUGAAAAACAUCAGAAGAAAAGCGUAUAAACGAGCAAGGGAGACUGGCAAUUUCGGCGAAUAUAACACCAUCACAGAUUCGUUCAUACAGUUACAAAGCCAACUAUUCAGGUCAAGAAAACGAAGUGAUAUUCCGGCUAUUGUUGAAUACAACAAUGAAACUGCGAAGACAGACACAUCGAAAGCCGAAAUCUUUGCUGAUUUUUUCAAAAGUCAGUAUACUCGAAGCGACGGAAUCGACUUGGACCAAAUUCUGAGUGAAUGUGAAGACUUAUCGUUUGACAUUAACAUCAAAGAAGUCGAUGUUUUAAGGGCUUUGAAAUCGAUCAAUGUGAACAAGGGAGCAGGUCCGGAUGGUAUUUCACCGAAAAUGUUGAAAAAUUGCGCGCACACAUUGUCGAAACCAUUAACAGCACUAUUUUGUAAAUCGUUGCAUCAAGGAUACGUUCCGGGAGCAUUGAAAAAUUCCAGAAUUGUGCCAAUAUACAAGUCUG